AUGUUCGGCGGCCCCGGCGUUCCAGUCGUUGCUGCAGUACCAGACGCCACCUCCCACAGCGGUUUCGGCACCCUCAACAAAGUCGACUAUCCCACCCUCGGCCUCGGACAUCCCCUCCCGAGCGAGGUGAAGAUACAGGUCGGGGGGUUGCCUGUGGCCGUUUGGGGGUUGGAGGAAGUUGAGGGGGAUGGGAAAAGGGGUGUUGUGGUGCUUGUCGUAGCACGUGCAAAAGAAGAUCUAUCAACACCAUACCUUGCACAAGGUAUCCUCGGCCAAGUCGCGCUCAAGGGCAGUAAAGCAAAGGCGCGCAACCUCAUUAUCGUCACCCUUGCAAGGAAUGGGAGUGGGCCUGAAAAGCCGGUCUUUGGCAAGAGUGCUCAGCAACUGCAAGUGCCAUCCAAUGCCACUAUGGAUAGAAGUGCUUUAAAGCUGACUCUGAACCAGUAUCAAUACCGCCGCCGACAAAUCGCCCUGGACGAAAUAGAACAGCUCAUAGCCGCCCUCCCCGCCUCUCUCCCAGGGCUGAUCAUAGAAGAAUGGGCUGCAACCGGUAUCUCUCUCGGCGGCUUCAUCGCUUGGAAACUUAUCCACGAUAACCCCCGUGUGCAUAUUGGAAUCCCAAUCGACGGCCUCCCCUUCGAAUCCAUAUCCAAACGUCUCUCCUCCCCCGGUUCUCCCAGCAUCACACCAGACUUGCAGAACGUCCUCCUACCCUUCACAGACCCCGCUCAGGGGCGAAAAGCGUACAGUGGGAAAAAGAUCCUCGGGUUGUUUGGCAAAGAAUCAACGUUUGCGCCGUUUACGCAUGCUGAGGGUGAUAUCAGGCAAAUCGAAACUUGGACCGAGAAUCAGGAUCAGGGGAAAGAGGGGGAGAAAGGAGGCAUUUUGGCGUGGGAUGUACAAGAGAAUGUGGGGCAUACGUGUACGGUGCAGAUGGUGAAGCAGGCGGCGGAGUGGGUUUGGAGGUAUGGGAUGGUGGAUCCUACGGCGGAUGAGGGGGCGGCGGCGGCGGAGGGGGUGGGGUCGACGGGGUCGACGGGGGAGAAGAAGAAGAGGGGGAGCUUUUUGAAGAAGGUUUUCUCGAGAUGAGUGAUGAGAUAUAAUAGUGUAAUAAUAGGAGAUCCGCAUGUAUCCAAAAAUAUUUCGUUAAUCUGUGUGGGGCUCGUAAAGACCGGCGGGGAUGAGAAAAGGGUAGGACGAUUUGUUGGUGGCUUCCUUUCUGAUCCCCACAUGUCGAAUCCUUCAGAGGUCGGCAGACUCUGACCUAAAAGCUUGGAAUUCGAUUUGAGGCGUGUUUUUAAAUGAUAUCCUUGGGCGAUCGCAGUCGAAGAAAG